CUAUCUCCUCGAUGUGUGUGCGUGUGUGUACGCCGUUAAUGUUUCGUGAUGCUGCGCCUGACAUGAAAUGGCACGAAGCAGCCUUUUCGCCAACAAAUCUUCGUAAAUAAUUGCCAAUUGGACACCAGAUAUCGACUAUGACACCAGCUUCCUUUAAAAAACUGCUUUUACACUGACAUCACGUUUCCUCAGCACCAGUUUGGCGCCACUCAAUUGGUUCUCGACCGAGAAGCGAUUUCAAGCUAGCUGCUAACUCGUCGUAAAGUAGCCUUCUUCUUGUGGGCUUCUAAUAAAACUAUCAGGUUGGUUUAAGGGUUUCCUUACAGACAAAAUGGAUUCCAUCGUGCAUGGAAGCACGAGCCUUGAAACAGAGACUAAAUGCUUCCACCUCUCCCCCAAAAGAGCGAAAAGAGACGAUACAAGCACGUGUGACCUCCCAGAUUUUUUGACAUUACAAACCCUUGGAGCCACACCUUUGGCCUCAAGCCGGGAUUCAGACCGUACACGCUUAGAACAAAAUGGACAUAUUCUGGACAAAAAACCUUGUGCACAAAUUCAAAACACUCGAGUAUCUGUCGGGCCUCAGGCUGAAGGCACAAUCUCAAACGCACCUGAAAUCGGUGUCAUCUGUGAAGAGAGGCCCUUUCUUCAUCUAAAAAUUUAUGAUCAGAUCGACAAGCUCAGCCCAAGCCCAUUAUCGGGGUCAUGCAAUUUGAAAGACGCCACUGUUGACAUGUCCACGCAUCCCCAGCAUCAACUCCUGGAUAAAUCACUUGAAGACAAGCCUACUGAUUGUACCUUACCUUGUGAAAAUGAAUCGUCCAAUGAUGGGGAAGUCAGAGAUCAGUCUUAUUUCUCAUCCCACUCCAAUCGACAUGACACUGUUCCAAGGACAUGUAGCCAAUCUGUUGCAUUUGAUGAGAGUAAUCAAAAGGAGGAGGGUUUCACCGAUACUAUCUUCCAACAGGGGGUGAGACGAGAUGAGGGAGAGAAAUCUCCCAGUCUUAUUAAGAAGUUUCAAUUAUUUGUCCCUCCACCUGAUAACGGUAUUCCCAUAAUGUUGGAACAGGAUAAAAGCAAAGUGGAGAUGUGUGACAGUCAUGCUGUGUGCGGCAGGGAAACAAAUGACCAAGCUAACGAUAAUGGAACAAGCAACACCGUCUCUCCGGUUGAAUGUACUGAGGUAUUACUUAUCUCUUACCACGCUCCACAGGCCAUGUACAUUUCAGCUGAAACAGAAAGCAUUGAUAACUUCGGACGGGCAAAUGGAGAGCAUGAUGAGAUGGCGGCCGAAAAACAGAGGGAAAGAGUUCAUCACACGCCAGAGACUCACAUGUCUGCGGGAAUCAGCAUAGAGCCUGCUGAAGAAGAAGAUAAUAAUGCAGACCUUCGCCGAGUAAUGGAGCCUGCACUCUGGAGCAAAACUGUCAAGGCGGCUGAAGAGAAUAGCUUUAACUCUGAGAGCGUCGCAGGUGAAGAAUUACCUCCAUCAGUGCCAGCGGGCUUUGACAACUUCCACAAGGUCCGACUGUCAACAGAUGAUGAUGAUGAUGAUGCUGUCCAAGGGAACGGCUGUCCGCACGCCAGCUUGGCCCUGCGGCUCAUGAAAUCCCCAGUUAAGUGUCACGUUGAGGACUUCGCCAAUGGAGAUUUCAACACGGAUACCAACUGUACUCAAGGUUUAUCAGGGGAGGACAUGAUUGCUUCAGAGUUUUCUACUGAUGCCGGGAACAAGAGGCCGCCAACCAACGACCCGAUCCAGUGCCUGGAGUUCAAGAUGAAAAAUGAAUUUGACUUGAUCCGGAUGAAGGCCACAGCAUCGAAAUACGUGUUCGAGAUCCAGAGGCUUGUUGUAUAA